AGUGUGUUGGUAGUAUACCUUCUCUGAAAAGCUGCUCUUUUAACAAACACGUGUUCUUUUUACAGCAGACCGCGAGCUUUGGAAUACAUUAUGCGUAAAAACGCGCGUUGCGGUUACGCACAGACACCGCUUUAGGUGUGAAGCUCUGAAAGUUCGCCUGUAAACUGAGUUUGUGACCAAGAGGUUUUCCUUUUCCAAUGUGGAUUAUUCAAACCAUGGCUGUCUUUUGGGUGAUACUCUGCUUCUGUAAAUUAUCAGGUGCAGUGAUGGACCUGACGAUGACCUCAACAGCAAAGGUCACCAGUCCCAGUCACUUUACCAUCUCCUGCAUCAACGGAGAACACAGCCCCACUGAGGUCAACCUGACAAUCAAGAGAGAUAAGAGGAUUUUCUCAUCAGGACAUACAACUUUUAAAGUGCACAAAGAAUCUCACAGGGUUGUUGUGGCAAAGGAUUUUGACCAUUUUGACAAUAUUGGAAUCUUCUAUUGUGAAACCACUCAGGAGAACCCACGACUUAGGCUAACAAUGAUAAACAACGUUAUUAAUGCUAAUUUUAUUCCAGAACACCUUACCGUGACUGUUAACAGGGGGGAGACAGCAAACAUUAAUAUGAUGAUGCUGGAAACUGAAAGGAGGGAUGUAACCUGGAAAUAUAAUGGAAACUUUUACUCUACUACUCACUGGUCUGAAGUGAAUGACCAAACUGCUACGCUUACCUUGGUGAAUACAACUUUGGCCAAUCAAGGCAUCUACAGUGCCAGCUAUGUUGGGGACACACCCCUUAAAGGAGCCUGGAUGAGACUUAUCAUCAGAGAAUGUCCAAGAAACAAGUGGGGUCCUCGCUGUAACAGAGACUGCCCAGACUGUCUUAAUGGUGGAGUUUGUCAUGAUUUUUAUGGGGACUGUGUCUGCCCUCCUGGUUUUAUGGGGACACGCUGUGAAACAGCCUGCAGGGAAGGAAUGUUUGGGAGAAACUGCCAAGAGUCCUGCAGAACUGACCCGAAUAGAAGCUGCAAAGGGAUUCGCUUUUGCCUCCCAGACCCUUACGGCUGUUCAUGUGCCAGCGGCUGGUCUGGGAAGCACUGUGAAGAAGCUUGUUUUAAUGACACAUAUGGGCCAGACUGUCGGUUGAGCUGCAGAUGCCAGAAUGGAGGAUUUUGCAACCGUUUUAUUGGAUGUCAGUGUCCAACAGGAUGGAGAGGACAAAACUGUGAAAAGUCGGAAAGGGCUCCUCAGAUUUUGGACUUGGAUUGUAACCUAGAGUGUAAUCUGAAUUCCAGUCCCAAGGUCAAAUGCUCAGCUACCGGAAACCCUUUACCCAGUCACAACAACUUUGAGCUGCGAAAGUUGGACAACACUGUUCUCAAGGCCUCUCAGACAAUCCAGGAGUCGAAUAGGAGCACCGCCUUGUUUGAAAUUCCAAGACUGAGCGCUCAACAAGGGGGAUUGUGGGAGUGCAGGGUCUCCACCAAUGGAGGCCAGGACUCCCGCAAAUUCAAUGUCACCAUUAAAGUGCCCCCAGUGCCAACUACAGCUCCAAAACUACUUCAAAAGAGGAGUAAGCAGUUACUGGUGAUGCCAGCAGAGUCACACAAAGGUGAUGGCCCCAUAAUAUCAACCAAACUCCUAUAUAAGCCCGUGGAAAACGGAAACUUUUGGUCUUCAAUAAUAGUUUAUAGUGACAAAGAGCCCAUCACUCUGAUGAACCUUGAGCCUUCAACUCAAUAUCGCGUACGUGUUCAGCUAAGUCGUCCUGGGGAGGGAGGAGAGGGAGCCCCGGGACCGGAGAGUGUCAUGCAGACAGAUUGUCCUGAGCCCACAGUUCAGCCCGAGAUUGAAAAUAGGACAGUAGAUGGCCAUAUUGCUAAAGUUUGGUGGCGACUGCCCACAAGCAUUGACCACACUCUUGGCAUGGCAACUGAAUUCUUAGUGCAGCUCUUUGGACCCCCACCAUACAAUGAGAAGGUUUUGGAAAAGAAAACUCCACUCAAUGUGUUCUCUACUGAGUUCCACAACCUGACGUACCAUCGGGACUACAGUGUGGUGGUGCGCCUCAUGAACUGUGGCAGCCAUGGGCCAGCCUCCAAACCUUUCCUCUUCCGCAUCAACAGCCAGGGGCCUUCACCCCCCCGCAACGUGCAAGCCCAGUCUCUUUCCACAUCAGCCAUCCAGGUGAGAUGGCAGCCCCCUGAGAACCCAAAUGGGGGCAUAAUUAAAUAUGUUAUAGAGUACCAACCAGUUGGUCAGGGAAGCCCCCAUUACUGGCUGGACAUCGAUGACUUAAACAAGACCUCAAAAGAUGUAAUUGCACUCAACAGCAGCACCCUCUACCAGUUCAAAGUAAGAGCUUGCUCAAGUGUUCCAGGAGAAUGGAGUGCAGUUGUUGAGGAGAGGACACAAGGGGAUGACUUAAAAAUGUUGGCGCCAACCACCCAAGGUGUUGCCGGGAAGCCAUCAGGUGACGGUAACCAGCUCUUGGUGGCAGUGGUGGGCUCAGUCACUGUUACCUGUGUGACUAUUCUCCUCGCCCUGUUGGCUCUUUUCUAUAUCAGGAGAACGCUGCUUAACCGUCGGCGCACAUUUACCUAUCAAUCUGGAUCGGGUGAAGAAACUAUUCUGCAAUUUAACUCAGGAACCCUAACCCUCACAAGAAGGCCCAAACCCACACCUGAACCCCUCACCUAUCCUAUCCUCGAAUGGGAGAACAUAAAAUUUGAAGAUGUCAUUGGAGAGGGGAACUUUGGCCAGGUCAUUAAAGCCAUGAUCAAAAAAGAUGGCAACAAAAUGAGUGCAGCUAUCAAGAUGCUAAAAGAGUUUGCCUCAGAGAAUGAUCACAGAGACUUUGCUGGUGAGCUUGAAGUCUUGUGCAAACUGGGCCAGCAUCCCAACAUCAUCAACCUGAUAGGAGCCUGUGAGAACAGAGGCUACCUGUACAUAGCCAUAGAAUACGCUCCCUACGGAAACCUCCUUGACUUUCUGAGAAAGAGUCGCGUGUUGGAGACCGAUCCUGCUUUUGCAAAAGAGCACGGUACCGCAUCCACCCUCACCUCUCAGCAACUUCUGCAGUUUGCUGUUGAUGUGGCCACUGGCAUGCAUUACCUCAGUGAUAAGCAGUUCAUACACAGGGAUUUGGCAGCAAGAAAUGUCCUUGUAGGUGACAAUCUAGUGGCAAAGAUAGCAGAUUUUGGUUUGUCCAGAGGGGAGGAAGUUUAUGUCAAAAAAACAAUGGGGAGACUGCCUGUACGCUGGAUGGCCAUUGAGUCCCUGAAUUACAGCGUGUAUACUAGCAAAAGUGAUGUGUGGUCUUUUGGAGUUCUCCUUUGGGAAAUUGUAAGCCUGGGUGGUACACCAUACUGUGGAAUGACAUGCGCUGAAUUAUAUGAAAAACUCCCCCAGGGCUACAGAAUGGAGAAACCCAAAAACUGUGAUGAUGAGGUCUAUGAACUUAUGAGGCAGUGCUGGCGGGAUCGGCCCUAUGAGAGACCCCCCUUCUCACAAAUCUCUGUUCAACUCAGCAGGAUGCAGGAGGCCAGGAAGGCCUACGUUAACAUGGCUCUCUUUGAGAACUUCACUUAUGCUGGAAUAGAUGCCACUGCAGAGGAAGCCUGACUACCAGCCCCCCCAGACCCUCCCAUUCGCCGUAGCUCCAAGAGAAAGCCGAGUGGCAGGCUGCCACGUUACUGCCACCUUCCCGCCAGUCAGCAACAUCACAGGAAGACAGGACGCUUUGCUGCAACCUCCCAGCUAUAGAUGUAGGACUGUGACAGGACACUUUAUUGAGGCAUCAACAGCAUGAGGAGAUGCGGAGUAUGUCUUGACCUUCAGUGAAGAGACGCACCGGCUACAAAUUGUCUGAAGGAAAUAACCUUCUCUUCAAAAACAUGCAAAUGUUCACAGUUAAAAUCACCCUAGCUGAUUGUAUAGAUUUUGUUUUCUUCUCUGAUUACAUUGCAAACAUGGAGCUAUGUGAUUUGCCGAAACACCUAAGGGUCUGUGGGGUGUCUUUACUGGAUUUCUUUUUUUUUCUUAACUCAUGUGGAUGAGGAGAUCUCUUAAACCCUUUGAACCUGAGAGGUACCUUUUAAUGUACCUCAUCAUUGUUACUCAAUAAAAACAGUGUUGAGCAUAGGGUUCAAAGUUAAGAAGGGACAUUAGAGGAUGGCUUAGAUUGCAAACAGAACUUCUCAGCUUUUUUGAGUGUGAAUUAUGAAUGUAGCACUUGCAGUAGCAUGGUAUGUUAUACUGUAAUUAUCUAUCUACUGCAUAUCACUGCCAUGUGGAAAUAAGUACCAUUAUUUGUAUUUUUAUAUAUUUGUAAGACUUUUUAAAAAGUAUUAAAGCAAUGUAUUCAGUUUAGUAAAAAUAGUAGAAAUAUUCAUUUUCAGCCACCGAGAAAGCUGUUUCAAAAUCUUCAUACGGUGAAGCAUCCUCCACGCUGACUUGCAUUCCUGGUAACUAUGUAUAAAACAUUUUGAAUUAUACUUAAUUGCAGCUGCAAGCUAUUACUCUGAAAUUAA